AUGGCUGAUCAACAGGUGCCGACUGCUUUGAACAAUAUGCUGCUGGAGCACCUGGCUUCGGCGGGCCUUGAGCAGCCCAUCCUCCAGGAAGUUGAGAAAGCCUUUCAGGCUUCAAGCGAGUCGCUUCUGACGUCGGAUCUGACCAGGGUCUAUCAGUGUGGCAUGUACGGCCAACUUGUCGUCCGCGUGGCCUUGCUCACUGGACGCGAAUGCUCCAUCUCGGUGAAGCCAUGGACGACUGUCGCAGAAACCAAAGCAAUUCUGGCGACUGAGCUAGGAAUCCCUCACGAGGACCAUGCGUUGGCGAGCAAUGAUCAGGUCUUGCCCGGUUCAGAAGCUAUCGGAAAGCAUAUAUCUCCAGCCGGAAAUGCUCACCUGACCCUUGUCCGCCUACCUGACGCUCGAGACCUAUGCCGAGAGCUGUUUGCCAGGGAAUUGGAUUCAAUCCCGUCCGGACCCGUCAAGAAGCAGAUGAUCGAAGAGCGUCUGUAUCCCAAGGUUUUCAAAGCUUGCAACUAUCGGAUACGUCCGUCUGUGGCAGGCAAAGUCACAGGAAUGCUGCUUGAGCUGGACAAUGCUGAGCUGCUAGAGCUCCUCGAAUCAGAUGAACUUGUGCUGCUAAGAGUGCAGCAGGCUAUGCGUGUUCUUGGUCAGCAUCUCGAAUGA